AUGGCGAAGAUGAUUAUUUCGGGUGCCACCGCUACAUGGCGCUGCUCUAAGAGGUUGUUGUUGUUUACUGCUACGUUGGGAUUAUUUACUGAAAACUUCCUCUAUGGCUUCAUUGUCCCCCUCUUACCAUACAUGAUUGAAGUUCGCCUCGGUCUUCCCCCUUCCUUCACCCAACGAACCACAACCGAGCUCCUCUCCGCCAUUGGUGCCAUAUCAAUCGUCUCGGCACCUAUCAUAGCCCAUCUCGCGGAUCUCAGUCCCUCUAGAAAAUUCCCACUUCUGCUCUCCCUCCUAGGUUGCGCAGCUGGAACUUUGCUUGUAGCUACCACCAUAUCCUUACCCGCURUUUAUGCAGGCCGGUUGCUGCAAGGAGUUGCCGGGACUGGCGCCUGGAUCGUUGGGUUUGCCAUGCUUACAGAUUCGGCCAAAGGAGAGAACCUUGGCAAACUGUUGGGAUUCGCGGGAAGCUUUAUAACUGCAGGGAUUGUGCUGGGUCCUGCUGCUGCGGGUGUCUUACUUGAAGUGGUGGGGUACUGGUGGGCGUGGAGUCUGCCUCWAUUCUUGCUGGCCAUAUGUUUGGUUGCAAGAUUGGCAAUGGUGGACAAGCCAGUCUCUCCACAAAAGGAAGGUGCUCCCGCAUCUCAGGACGAGGACGAAGGAGAUGUCGAAACGGCUGCACUGCUACCUAAAGUCAGCGACGAGGGAGACACCAAGACUCCGUCCUCCACCAAAAAGACUGGCUUCUACAAGAUCAUUCUGAAAGAUCCGACCGCAUGGGCCGCAAUGUUCAACGUCGUAGUUCUUGCACUCAUUAUUUCCGGAUUCGACGCCACCCUUCCUCUCCACCUCCGCGAUACUUUCGGCUGGGGUCCAGCGCCCAUCGGAUCAAUCUUCCUGGCUCUGCAACUCCCUGGCAUGUGUUUGGGUCCUUUGGUCGGUGGGCUACGGGAUCGUAUCGGAAUUCGCUGGCCCACAACAGUGGGCUGGGCACUGAUGGUUCCUAUAUUGUGGUUUGCGGGCGUGCCUGGGAAAUGGGAAGGCGUUGGAGAAGGCGCCUUUGUGGGCUGUAUCAUCGCUUUCGGGACCAUGAGCGCCCUUAUUAGAGGUGCUGGCACGUUCCAAUUGACCACCACACUUCAUCGCUUACGAUCAGAGGAUCCGGAUAUCUUUGGACCUGGAGGAGGAAGUUCCAAAAUGUUCUCGUUGACCGAAAUCUCCUUUAAUGUAGGCCUGAUUUUGGGGCCGCUGAUUUGUGGAUCUCUCUCCGAAGCUUACGGGUUUGAGUAUACGGCAUGGACAUUGGCUGGAAUAUCGACUUUGGUGGCGUGCUCUUCUUGUAUCUUUUUUACACACAAGUCGGCUGUACGUGAGGAGAGGGUGGAUGAGGAGACUACUUGA